CCGGGAGCGCGAGCGCCUCAGUGCGCCUAGAGCCGCGGAAGGCAUUGGAUCUUGUGCGUUCGUUGGCGUCGCGUCAUUCACGCACGCCGGAGAGACACACGCGCCUUCUUCUCUCUUCUCUCGCUUGUGCACGUGCGCGCACACGCGUUGCAUAACGCUUUAGCUUCCGACUUUUCCUCCGCCGUAAUGUCGACGAUCCUGGCGACUUUAAGUGCGUCUCCGAAUCAAGGGCGAGAGGAGGGAAGGAAUCUGGCUGUCGGGCCGAUUUUAAGAGACUGGAUAAUGUCUGUGCGGGAAAACAAGUGACCGAGAUAGAGGAUUGGAAAGUGUAAAAAUGUGCGCGAGAAAAUUGUCGAUUGGGAGAAGGGUGCCGUCGUGGAAAUACGAAGGUGAAACGGCGAGAAGCGACGGCACGAGGUAUGUGGGAAGAAGAGCAAGACGACGCCGCUGCCGCUGCCGCCGCCACCGCCACCGCCGCCGCUCGAUCGGCCGCCGGAAACGAGGCGCGCGCGAUACAUGUGUAUGUAUUGCCCCGCAGGUCGUGUGUGUGUUUGAGAACGGGGCGCGCGCGGCUGACGUCACGCUCUAGCUACCGAGUGUUUCCGUUGACUCGAGCACGAGGUUUUCUACUCCUGCUCAUUUGAUGCUUGGGAAAAUGCUGGCAAGCAUGUUUGAAUGUUACGAUAAAUUAAUGUUUCCUGAAGAUAUCAGUGAUAUUCUUGAAGCAAUCAUCAAAUUAAGCUGUGAUAAAAAUCAAUCCGUAAGGUCAUCGCUGGUUGAGUAUCUUCCCCAUGUAGCGGUCGUAUGCUAUGAAUCGGUGGACCUCGUUCACAGGGGCGCAAUAAAAUGCAUACUUAAUAUCAUUCUCACAUGCGUAGCUGACAAGGAGCGCGAGGUACGGCGAGAUGCCCAAACCGCGCUCAAACUGAUUCUAGACCGAAAUAUCCUGACCUUGGAACAGAUUCAGAAUAAUAUCUGUCCUGCCAUUAUCCAGCUUUCUUAUUGCAAACCUGCAAGUGCCCAGAGCUUUGCGCUAAUCCUCAUUAAUCAGGUUCAACAGUACAUUGGAGAUGAACAGACGGAAAAACUGUUCCUCGACCGAUUUCUCGACCUCUGUACGAGUUCGAGUAUGUUAGUGAGGAAGAUGUGCGCCACCACCAUAGGUGAAUUCUGCACGAUAAUGACGAGGGAGACAAUUUAUAACAAACUACUGAAUAAGUACGCGAUGCUCUGCCUGGACGACGAGUGGGAUGUGCGCAAGGCCGCGGUGACCGUGAUGAUGUCGGUGACGCGGUGCAUGACGCUGCCGAUACGCCGAUACCUGCUGACGAAGCUCCUCGCGAGCCACCUGAACGAUGAGUCCGACUGGGUCAAGAACGCGGCCUACGCCAUCCUCGGGCCCUUCAUCUCGACAUUCGCCAAGCAGUUCAACGGACUCAUCUGCGACCAGAAGGGCGACCUCGUGCUCAUGCACGAGAACGAGAUCGGUUGGCCGAGAUUCAGCGUAGUUCCUGCUGCCAAAGUUGCUGAUAUAUAUGUAGAAAACUUUAGUAAUAGAUUAAACUCCACGGAUAAUAAUAACUGGAAGGGUGAUUCGGUAUACGAAGUAGCAGUGGACAUGUUCGGCGAGAUUGGAAAUAAUGGCAAACCUGGGAGAAAGUACUCCCGAUUCAAUAUUUUCCAAUACUACUAUGAUCCACCGAAUGCAGCUCUCGACCCAAAUCUCGUCCAAUCCAUUAUCAACGAUACGGAAAAACCAAGAAUCAGGAAUAUGGAUGCCAAAUGGAUUGAUAAUAACAAUAAGAACACGGAACAAGAGGGCAUGAAAUCCGAAAAUACCGAGUGCGAUGAUCAAGAGAACGAAGUCACCAACACUCAAUGCAAUCAGCGAGAGAUGGAUAAUAAUCAAAAUAUGGACAAUAAUGAGCAACAACAGCAACAACAGCAACAACAGCAACAACAGCAACAAGAACAACAACAACAACAACAACAGCAGCAGCAGCAGCAGCAGCCAAUACAGGAGAGUAAUGUAAGCCAGCAGGAGACGGAAGUCCAGAAUAAAUAUCAAUCCCAAACAGAAAGUUCCGAGGAGCAAGAGUCAUUGUACGAUUAUGAUGAGGAAGAACAGCAAUAUUAUGAUAUUGAGGAUGAACUUUCGAGAAGAUGCAGCUUAUCAACGAAGGUAUCCAAGUGUCCGCCAAAUUUAUAUUUCACCGUCAUUUCACCUGAUACGGGGAAGAAAAUUGUCUCCACCAGAAAUAACACGCGAACGUUUAUUCUCUGGUUCCUCUCGAAUAUGAAUAACGCGAAGUACGAUCAUCUGGACGAGGAACCCGACGAGAUAGUACCGCAAAUUCUCAUCGAUCACUUCAUCUUGAUGGCCUCGGAAGACAUCGAUCAAAAUUUCAACUAUCAUUGCGCUUAUAAUUUCCCGGCUGUUGUUUUGACCGUAGGCAAGGAGAAUUGGUACCGACUUAAGGACGCCUACCGGCAACUGUCGUGUGCAAUGGCUUGGAAAGUGCGAAGUACCUUGGCCUCUGGCAUCCACGAGGUCGCCAUUAUAAUCGAGAAGGAGCACACGGCGCGCGAUCUCGUCCCGAUCUACAAAGACUUUAUCAAAGAUCUAGACGAGGUCAGAAUAGGAGCCUUAAAAAAUUUCUCCACCUUCCUGUCCAUAUUAGAUCCCGAAGAUCGUACGCAAUUUUUGCCCAAACUCGACAGCUUUUUGAUCAAUGAUAACAAAUGGAAUUGGAGACUGAAGGAGGCGUUGGUCAAGCAGUUAUGUGAUAUUAUAAAUCUUUAUCAGCGUCUUGAGGUGGCCCAAUACAUUGCUCCGUUGUUAUUGCAUUUAAUGCAGGAUACGAUUGCGGCUGUUAGACAAGAGGCGCUCGACGCGGUGGUGAAGACGAUAGCGUACUUGGCGUGCAACGGCGACGAUCCAUUAGCCAUAGCGAUGAUCCAAGAAAUGAGAGACCAAUUGAUGUACGCGUCCAAACGAUGGGUGAUAAGGCAAAUCUACGCUCUUAUCUGCUCAAAACUCAUUAAGAGCAGGAUCAUCAGCGACGAAGUUUUCGCUAAAGAGCUCCUGCCCUUUUUACUCAUUUUAUCCCACGACAAAGUUCCUAAUGUAAGGCUCGUCGUUGCUAGAACUCUGGCCAGGGAUAUUGUUAGAAAACGUAACUUUCCGGAAGCAAAACUGAUGAAUGAAGUACAAUUGAAGUUGAAGAAAAUGCAAUCGGAUUGCGACAGGGACGUGCGUGCCUUUGCGAAAGAGGUAGAAAUCAACAAGUUGUAUUAAAAGAAAAUAAAUAAAUAAAUAAUAAUAAAUAAAUA